AUGAUCAUGAGCUCUUAUUUGAUGGACUCUAACUACAUCGAUCCGAAAUUUCCUCCAUGCGAGGAAUAUUCGCAAAAUAAUUACAUCCCAGACCACAGUCGAUAUUAUAGCCGGACCAGGGAGUCCAGCUACCAGCAUCACCCCGAGCUGUACCCCGUGCCACGACCCUCCUUCCCGACCGCCCGUUCAGCUGCGGGGGGCUCCCGGCCUCCCGGCAACCCGGCGGCGCUCCAAAGGGGACACGGGCAAACUCCAGGAGGCCAACACCUCUCAGAGAAAGCACAGCAGCUCUGCGAGCAGGCUGCUCUGUCCACCUCCUCCACCACUCCUUCCCCAGCCCCUCCAGCCUGCAACCAGCCAAACCCCGACCAUCCCACCAGCACAGCUUAACAGCCCAUAGUCUAUCCCUGGAUGAAAAAAAUCCACGUCAGUACUGUGAAUCCCAAUUACAAUGGAGGCGAACAGCGAUCCAGGACAGCCUACACCAGGCAGCAGGUUUUGGAGCUGGAGAAGGAGUUUCACUAUAACAGGUACCUGACCGCCGCGCGCCGCAUCGAGAGCGCGCACUCGCUUUGCCUCUCGGAGCGACAGAUCAAAAUCUGGUUUCAGAACAGGAGGAUGAAAUGGAAAAAAGACCACAGGCUGCCCAACACCAAGGUGCGGGCAGCGGCCGCCGUGCCCAGCGCGCCCACCCCCCCGCGCCCCGGCGAGCUCGGCCGCGGGCGAGGAGCUGCCCCCGGUGCCCACCCCGGACCCCCGCUCCGAGGAUAUCCACAGCCCUUCGCCGAGGACUCGGGGUUUCAGGGGGCGGCCAAAGUGGUUUCGCGGAGGGUUUAA